GCCUAUAAAUAUAGAGAAAAUUCACGAUUUUAUUACUUUGCUCCGGACCAGAAACACCAGUAACUAGUUCUGAAUUCGAAACUUCUGCGUAAACCUUGGUCAUAUCUGAAUAUUUGCAGUAUUUUCCUUCGGCAAGGAAAAAAAAAAAGACAAGAGAGGAUGUUUUUUGCAUUGUUAUUGACUACUCUAGCUGUCUUUCUGCAGGAGUGCAGUGGAGACAAUCACUGUCCUAAUCCCAUCACAUUACCAUGUCUCAAUACAAACUACUAUGAAUUAAACGGCCAGUGUAAUAAAGAUGAUCCGAGACGUGCAGGCAGUGCAGCGUCACCCUAUGCUCGAUAUUUAACACAUUUACCAUAUGCUGGAGCUCCCAAUUACCAGAGUUUCUUGGGUCAAGAUCGUCUCCCUUUACCCAGAAAUGUAAGUUUGCAGUUGUUCCCCUGUCAUAACGGCACAACAUCGGAUGCAACACACCUUUUUUCAAUUUAUGGACAACUCCUCAUGUUUGAUAUGUUUGACACAGAAAGAAGCAUUACAGGUAAGUGCUACAAAGUGACAUCGUUUCUUUUUGUGAUGUGAGUUUCUGUUUUACUU